AUGCACACUCGAAGGACUGUGCAAGGAGAACUUACCCCUUUGGAUUUGGAGAUAGAACGCUCUUGUAAGUUGAAUAAGAAGCAAUCGAAAGACUACUCUCGGUUGCCAAUUGAAGACAUAACGGUGGGUUCUACUUCUUCACAAGAGGAGGAACACGAGCAAAUACCAUCAUCACCUACACAUUCAGUUCACCAGGACGAGGAAGAGAACGUAGAGGAACCGCCAAAAGCUAAGAUGGCAUUGAAGGAUUCCUUUGUCCCAACCGCUACGGACUCUCCAUCAUGCAUCGAUUACACACCACCAGGCAAUCAUUCGUUUUCGAUCCCUGUGCAAUUACUUGGACAAUUGCCCAAGUAUACGGGUUCACCAUCUGAGGACCCUAAUGUUCAUAUUAGGGAGUUUUUGGACAUAUGCAAACUGCAAACUAUAGCAAAUUUGCCUUCUGAAGGGCUUAAGUUGCUUUUGUUUCCCUUUUCUUUGAAAGAUGAAGCUAAACAUUGGCUUUACUCUUUGCCUGCAGGUAUCAUCACUACAUGGGAUGGAAUGGUCAAGAAGUUCCUGAAACAAUUCUUUCCAGCCCAACUGACAAAGAAACUGAGGAGGGAGAUUCAAAAUUUCACUCAGAAAGAUGGUGACACCUUAUAUGAGGCAUGGGAGGAGUUCCAAGAGCUACAAAGGAAGUGUCCCCAUCAUGGUUAUGACUUGGAUGACUUGGUUCAAUUUUUCUAUGAUGGACUGGACACGAGUAAUAGAGGCAUGGUGGACUCAGUUUGUGGAUGCACAUUCAUGAACAAGACCGGUCAAGAAGCAUACAAUCUCAUUGAUGACUUGGCUGACAAUAACAGGCAAUUUAGCACAAGGGACAAGCGACCUAAAGGCCGUGGAGUAUAUGAGGUUUCAUCAUCAUGGAAUCAAAUGGUGGCAAUGGAGAGAAAGAUUGACAUGUUGGUUAAUGCCAUAGGCAAUGGCUCUAAAGCAUCUCCUCAUGUAUGCUCUAUUUAUUCUUAUUCUGACCAUACUACUGAUAGAUGCCCUAUGUCUUCUUUGUCUGAGGAGCAGGUGAAUUAUGCGGGGCAACAAAGGCCUAAAUAUGAUCCUUACUCGAACAUGUACAAUCCCGGAUUGAGAGAUCACCCUAACUUUCGUUGGAGUAACAAUGACAACGUGCUUCAACCCCCUCAAGGCGCAUACAAUGGACCAUCUGGACUUCAACAAGCUUCACCUCAACAAGCUUCAAGUAAGUCUUUGGAGGAUGCGCUUAAGGAGCUGGCUCUUAACACUUCAUCUUUUAUGCAAGAUACCAAGGCUCAAUUUAAGGAGCAGGGGCAGUCUAUCAAGAACUUAGAGAGACAAGUUGGGCAACUUGCAACAGCGUUGCAAACGAGACCUCAAGGUGUUCUUCCUAGCACAACAGUUCAAAAUCCUAAGGAUGUGAGCAUGGCUGAGCUUAAUGCAGUCACUUUGAGAAGUGGAAAACAAUUGGAGGAGCCUACUAAGCCUCACAAGAUGUCCAAGAGUGGUCAACAUGAGAAGGAUGAGCUGGAAAUAAAAGAAGGUGAAAAAAGCAAAACUAGAGAGAAAAAGAUCGAUCCUUCAGACCCAAAACGAAAUCUUCAAGUUUCUUCUCCUUCCAAGGUAAACGAUAUUGCUUCUUCUACUUUGAAUACUUCAUGUAUUCCUUUUCCUCGCAGAUUCAUGAGCUCUAAGAAGGAACAAGAUGAGAAGGAUGUCUUGGAAACUUUCCGGAAAGUCCAAGUUAACAUUCCUCUCUUGGAUGCCAUCAAACAAGUACCAAAAUAUGCCAAAUUUCUUAAGGAGCUGUGCACCAAGAAGAAGAAGUUUAAGGAGAAUGAAAUUGUGGCCCUUAGUAAGGAGGUAUCAGCUGUGCUUCAACAAAAACCUCCACCAAAGUUGAAGGAUCCUGGACGUUUUACUAUCCCAUGCACCAUUGGUGCGAACAAGUUUGAUCAUGCUUUACUUGAUUUAGGAGCUUCGAUAAAUUUAAUGCCGUAUUAUAUGUUUGUAGCUCUUAAAUUAGGUAAGCUAAAGGAGACUUCGGUGAUUAUAGAACUUGCGGAUCGCUCGUUAGUUCAUCUAAGAGGUGUCAUUGAUGAUGUUUUAGUGCGAGUUGAUGGAUUAAUUUUACCAGCCGAUUUCCUCGUUCUUGAGAUGGAGGAGGCUCCGAUGCCCACAUCCUUGCCAUUGAUUUUGGGACGUCCAUUUAUGGCCACAGCUCACACUAAUAUCGAUGUGUUCAAUGGUAUCUUGAGCAUGGAGGUUUUCGGGGAAACAGUAACAUUUAGGGUUUUUGAGCCAUUGAAGUCUUCACUUGACGAGCAAGUACACUUUUGUGAUGAUGGAGAAGUGAAGGAAGAAGUUUGA